UUCCAUGUAUAUGACAUUUUCCUUCCCAUCACCACCCUCAAAACUCUUUUCCAUCUCCGCCGUAUGGCCACCGCCUCCCACCGUCCCCUGGCCACCAGCACCGCCACAAUCGAGAUCCAACAACCCCCACGAAAACUCCCAGAUUUUCACGCAAAUGUCAAACUAAAAUACGUGAAAUUAGGCUACCAUUACUUAAUCACCCAUCUAUUAACCCUCUGUCUCCUCCCUCUCAUCGCCGUCACCGCCGUCCACGCCACCCAACUCAACCACCAUGACGUCAUCAACCUCUACAACCACCUCCAAUACCACCUCAUCCUAGUCACCACCAUAACUUUCAUCACCAUAAUCGGAUUCACCACCUACCGUAUGACCCGACCCCGACCCGUUUACCUCGUUGACUAUUCUUGCUACCGUCCACCAGCCCACCUCAAAGUCCCAUACCAAGUGUUCAUGGAACACUCCAAAAUUCACGGAGCAUUCAACGAAUCUUCGUUGGAGUUCCAACGUAAGAUCCUGGAACGCUCCGGCCUCGGGGAGGAAACCUACCUCCCCGCAGCCCUACACGCGAUCCCAGCGGAACCAUCUAUGGUUACUGCAAGAGAAGAAGCUGAAUUAGUAAUGUUCGGAGCCAUAGAUGAUCUACUCAAAUCAACAAAAGUAAACCCUAAAGAUAUCGGAAUAUUAGUGGUGAAUUGCAGCCUUUUUAAUCCAACACCUUCACUAUCUUCCAUGAUAGUUAACAAAUACAAACUUCGAGGAAACAUCAAAACGUUUAAUCUCAGUGGUAUGGGAUGCAGUGCGGGCGUAAUCGCUGUAGAUCUAGCAAAAGAUAUGCUACAAGUUCACCGAAACACUUACGCACUGGUCGUGAGCACAGAAAACAUCACUCAAAACUGGUAUUUCGGUAACAAAAAGUCAAUGCUGAUACCUAACUGUCUGUUCAGAGUCGGUUGCGCAGCUGUUUUGUUAUCCAACAACUCCAGCGACAAAAACCGGUCGAAAUACAAACUCCUCCACGUUGUCCGGACACACUACGGCUUCGACAACACAGCGUAUCGCUGCGUGUACCAGGAACAAGACCCCGAUGGUAACACCGGAGUUUCUCUUUCAAAAGAUUUAAUGUCGGUCGUAGCGGGUGCUUUGAAAACAAAUAUUACAACCCUAGGUCCACUAGUACUUCCAAUAAGCGAGCAGCUAUUGUUUUUCGUUAAUCUUGUUGCUAGAAAAAUCAUAAACUGGAAGAUUAAACCCUACUUGCCGGAUUUUAAAAUGGCGUUUGAUCAUUUUUGUAUUCAUGCUGGUGGUCGGGCGGUUAUUGAUGAGAUGGAGAAGAACUUGCAGUUGACUCAGGAGCAUGUUGAACCGUCGAGAAUGACGUUGCACCGGUUCGGGAACACGUCUUCGAGUUCGAUAUGGUAUGAGUUGGCUUACACGGAGGCUAAAGGGAGGAUGAAGAAAGGGAACCGGGUUUGGCAGAUUGCGUUUGGAAGCGGGUUUAAGUGUAAUAGUGCGGUUUGGGAAGCGGUUCGGAGUGUUAAACCGUCGGUUCAUAAUCCUUGGAAUGAUUGUGUUGAUAACUAUCCUAUUGAAAUGGUGUUUUAGUCUUGGUUGUUGAUUUAAUUUGGUAUUAUUAUAUCAUAUAAUAAUAUUAAAAUGGA